AUGCAUUAUGAGAAGAGGUUCUUGUGUCCUGGUCCAGGUGUGUUUCAGUGUAUGUUGACAAAGCUGAUAUUUACUAUGGAUCGGGAGGGGGAGUUGUUAUACAAGACUGUCCAAUGGGAUUACAGCCUUAUUCAGUCAGCUGGAAAGAGACCUGCAGGUCCGCUGUUUGACAUCAAGUGUUCAGAGGAAGCUGUCUCUAAGCUGCACCUCCAACACUGUGAAAAAAAUCCUGCAUUGCUCUCUGACGUCCUGUCUGUUGUUCACAUCACUGAUAAUGGAAUGAGCUUCCUUGAGCCUCUGGAGAUUACAGACACUCAUGUGGUUGUGGAUGUAUCUCACCUCUCAGCCUGGGGUUUGGUAUGGGAUAUCAAAAGGUUUUUCAGCCCAGAUCCAAAACCAAUAUGUGGUCAAGUUCUGAUGUUUUACCGACCAACGUACAAGGGGCAACGUCCAAAACUCAACGUGUUUCUACUGGCAGAAAACGUGCCAGUGCAGGAGGUGAAGGAACAACAAGAAAAUGUUGAGUACAUUGAUGUCCCUUCCUCCUGUGACCUCAUUGAAGGCCAAACCUACAGUCUGCUAUGUUCUGAGGUUUAUAAAGUGCAGCCUCCGCACGCACGAUUUAACUUAAAGUAUGGACCAAAUUACCACAAAACUUUUGAGAUUCGACUGACUCCGAGCACAGAUGACGUGACUGUGACAGUCCAAGACCAAGAGAAGAAACAAGUCUGGGAGUAUGAUGUUGAACUACCUGGUAAAGAAGUUUCAUCAUCAGCCACCAGCUCAUCUGCUGUGUCAUCCCAGUCCGCAGCCUUUCUGCAGUCUCCAGCUAUAGGAGGUUCUUACCCAAGGACAAGGAAUCUACAAAGUACUCCUACAAAGAGUCUUCCAGGGGAUGAAAAGACAAAACUGUUGUCUGUUCGGAAAAAGUUUAUUGAGAGAGUGUCCGAUCCUAUUCUGAAAACCCUGAUGGAUGCACUUCUACAAUACAGGGUUAUCAACAGCGGGGAAAUUGAUUCAAUCAAAGGACUGUCCAGGGCAGACAAAGCACGAGAGCUGAUUGACAUGGACUGGUAA